GCGCCGCGCGCAGCCGAAACCGGAGUUGUUGACCAAGCCUCCAGCGUUUGGACGCAGACUCGAAUACGUCUUUCUCUGCUUGCAGAACUUCUGUUAUCCACAGGUCAAUCAUAAGUGGCUGCGUGGUUUGACCCAAACAUCACUCUUUGGGUCCCCCACCGCCUGUGAGCUCCUGCGCUUCAUCCAUUAGCUGUUUCUGCAAACAGGUGGAUUUUUCAACACUUUUAAGGUAUCUGAAACAUAAGCAUGCCGAUGCCGCCGCCGCCACCUCCUCCACCUCCUCCACCUCCCUCAGGCCCUCCACCCCCACCCCCACCUAGCGCUGCCCCACCACAGUGGCCUUCAGAUCCUGUAGGGCUCCAAUCAGGAGACAAAGGAGGUGGACGGAGUGCCUUGCUGGCUGACAUCCAGAGAGGAGCCAAGCUCAGGAAAGUCGCACAGAUCAACGACCGCAGUGCUCCCAUUGUGGACAAACCUAAGGUUACCACUGGAGACACCUCAGGUGGGAAGGUGUCUAUGGGACCCUCUUUGGGUGGGCUGUUUGCUGCGGGGUUUCCCACUCUCAGGCCGAUAGCACAAAGAGACUUAGCAGGCAAGACCUCAGUUUCUAGAUCAAACUCGUCGUCCACCCUGAGGCCACUGUGGAACCCCCCUGCUUCAGCUGUCCCGGUCAGCAUUGUAGACCUUCACAGGACAGGGGAGAUCCAAAGCUCCUUUCAGCGACUGCUCGGCUCUUCCUCUGCUCCUCCCUCGCCCUCCCACGGCAGCAAGCACCCACCCCCUUUUCCUACUACAUCUCCCUCCACACCUCCGACGACCCCUCCUCCAGCUUUCCAGGACCGUCCAGCCAACAAGCCUCCGCCUCUUCCCUCCUGCCCCCCACCUCCCCCUCCAUACCAGGUUACCAAACCGACAUGGCUCCCUGUUCAUCAUUCCCACUCUGUGUCCCAGCCCUCUAUCCCACCUCCACCUCCUCCGCCUGUCCAAGCAGACCGGUCCUCAGGCUGCUUUUACUCUCCUCCUGCCUCUGUAGUCUACUCUGAGCCAUCCAGGUUCCCUAUACUGCGCGACAGCCCCUUAGGACCUCCUCCUCCACCUCCUGCUCCUCCCCUUCCAGCUUCCAUCUCUCCAAGUUGGCCAUCCACACUCCCUCCACCACCACCUAAAGCCCCCUCAGCGCCGUCGCUGUCUGUGCGCUCGUUACCUCCAUCAUACCCCUGCAACCCUCCCACUCGACGGCCUCCUGCUGUGCCCAGAAGUGCAGGUGCCAGUCGACUUGCUCCUCCCCCAGCUCCUCCGGCAAGGUCACCCACCACAGAGUUGUCCUGUCGCAUUCCUCCGCCUCCCCCACCUCUGCCCCCAUUCAGUCUCAGGAACGGACACCUUCAUGGCUUAGACGACUUUGAAUCAAAGUUCCAGUUCCACCCUGUGGAAGACUUACCACCACCUGAUGAAUUCAAGCCUUUUCCUCGCAUCUACCCAAGCAAAGAAAACAGAGUCAACCCCAAACCACCUGGGAUACGAACACACCUCAGAUGAAUCAUGGACUUAAAAUGAACCAACUGUUUCUUUCCAACAGAAAUUUUUGUGUUAGACUCACACAGCUUUACUGCCACAAGACUGUGUGCGUUUACCUUUCAUACAUUGGGCCUGAAUGCCUCUUUGCAAGUGUGAAGACAGCGUCCCGCCUCAUUCUGCCUUUCUGACCUCUAACCUUUUCCAGUGCGGAAUUUGUCUGAGGAGGAGGAGGGCUUGUCAGCGUCAUGAGCCACAUAUAGACUAAACGAGAAGACAAAAUCAAAGUGUCUGUGAUUAUUUCAUGAACUGCAGAAAACCCAUACAAUACUUUUUUAAACUAUAUUUUUUUGUGAUGUGUUUUUGAAGCAACAUUAAAACCAAUUUGCAAACAUGAA